AAACUCAAAAUAAGAACACAAGAAAAUAAAAGUCUAUGGACAUGCUGAGUACGGCAGUUACAUUUCUUCUUCUAGUCAUUCCUUUAGCCAUAUUGCAUCGCUUUCUUAAACACAAAAAGAAUGGAUCAGGGCUUCCUUCUCCCCCUGGUCCUCCUGGACUUCCAUUCAUUGGAAACAUACUCCAGGAGUUUAACCAUGAUACCAUGUAUCAACUUUCGAAAAAGUAUGGUCCUCUCAUGACCUUGCACCUGGGCUCGGUACCAACCCUCGUGGUCUCUUCGGCAAGAAUGGCCAAAGAGAUUUACAAAACCAACGACCUGGUCUUCAGUGACAGGCCUACCAUGCUCGGGCAACAAACGCUAUCGUAUAAUGGCCUGGACGUGGCCUUUACACGAUAUAGCAACUAUUGGAGGGAGAUGAGAAAGUUCUCUACUCUUCAUCUGUUUACCGCGAAGAGAGCUCUCUCUUUUCGUCCAAUCAGGAAUGAUGAAAUUUUAAGUAUGCUUCGCGCAAUAUCUGAUAUUGCUGCUUCGCCUUCUAAACUUGUUGAUGUGAGUGAAAUGACGUUGAAUUUGACGAUUGCGAUCAUAUCUAGGGUUGCUUUUGGGAAGAGAUGCGACGAAAAUGUGAUAGGAAAGGAGAAAUUCCAGAGGAUUUUUACUGAGUCACAGGUAGUUCUUUCGAAUUUCUAUUUUGCAGAUUACUUUCCUCUGCUGGGAUGGAUUGAUCGACUCAAUGGAAUUAAAGCGAGGACCGAUCAGACCUUCAAAGACUUGGAUGUUUUUUACCAAGGGCUCAUUGAUGAACACCUGAAACCAGAUAGACCUGAGUCUGAUAUCGAGGACUUCAUUGAUAUCUUGUUACAUAAGCUUAAUCACAAUGAUUCGACUAUAGCUCUGACCAUGGACAAUGUCAAAGCAGUUCUCAUGAAUUUAUUCGUGGGAGGAACUGAUUCCACGUCGGGUACCAUUGUCGGGGGUAUGACAGCGCUAAUACACCAUCCAGAAGCCAUGAAGAAAUCCCAAGAAGAAGUUAGAAGAGUGAUUGGGAACAAGGGAAGAGUAGAAGAAGAUGACCUUCAAUACCUUCCCUACACAAGGGCAGUCAUAAAGGAGGCUAUGAGAAUGUACCCGCCGUUUCCGCUUCUAGUGCCCCGAACAAGCACAGAAAGCUGCAUCAUAGGACCCGAUGCUGAUCACCAGUAUGAAAUCAAAGCCAAAACCCUAGUCUACGUAAAUGCUUGGGCCGUGGGACGAGAUCCAGAAGCCUACGAAAACCCACUGGAGUUUAAGCCCGAGAGAUUUUUAGAAAGGCCGGAUAUUGACUACAAAGGACAGCAUUUUGAGUUGAUCCCAUUCGGUGCAGGCCGAAGAGGUUGCCCUGGAAUCGCAUUAGGAGCUGCAGUUGCUGAGACAACAAUUGCUAAUCUCCUUUACGCUUUUGAUUGGGCUCUUCCAGACGGGGUAAAGGACGUGGACUUGGAGUUGCUGCCUGGUCUAACCAUGCACAGGAAAAAUAAACUCUUUCUUCGCCCGAAAGAAUAUGCUGGUUAUCGUCAGGGCAUUGCUAGCAUGGGCAAGUGAUACCAGCGUGCAGCCAGCCAGACUUGCUUGUUUCAUUUUGCAUUGAAAUAAGAGCAAGCCCAAUGCAAUUCCCUAUUUUCAACGCCUAAAAUAUUAUAUAAUAAUGGUUACCUAAAAUAUAGGGGACAAAAAAAUUGUUUUGCUCCAAUGGUAUUCCCUAUAUUGAUCCCUAUAUUUCAAAUUCACAUAUGCAACUGAAAUAGAGAGAGAAAUUGCAGUGAUAAAUGACAGAAAAACAAGAGGAUAUAUGAGCUGGUGAUGACAUGGAGAAUAUAAGGGUUUGCUUUUUCAUCCCUCAAAUAAGGGGUUGAACUUUCUCUCACCUAAAAUAAAUGAGGGAUAGGGAGUUGCGUUGGAGUUGUGUUUUUUUUUCUCUAUCCUCAAAUAUUGUCCAUGUAGACUAAAUAUAGGUAAGGAAUGGGUGCAUUGGAGUUGCUCUAAAUAUUCCAGCUGGGAAUUUUAAAUUCCCAUUGUGUGUGUCUUACUUUACUUUUUUUCUUCCUUUUUUGUUGCUAAAUGUGGGUUUUGCUUUUUAGUACAAAUAAAGUUGGGGAAAUGGAGGGUUUCCGAAACAAUUAUCAUCAAUAUGAUAUUUAUUUUUGAUAA